AUGGCGAACAACGAUUCACAAUCCGAUAAAAAGCCCCAAACCCGAUUCUACAAUCCAUACAAAGACCUCGAAGUUCCCAGCCGAAAUCUCUACCAGCUCCCAACUUCUCCGGAGUUUCUCUUCGACGAGGAAGCUCUCCGUAAACGCCGUUCCUGGGGCGAGAAUCUCACCUUCUACACCGGAUGCGGUUACCUCGGCGGUUCAAUCGCCGGUGCCGGAGUUGGACUCGUAAACGGAGUUCGAUCUUUUGAAUCCGGCGACACCAUGAAACUCCGCGUUAAUCGUAUACUUAACUCAUCCGGACAUUCGGGUCGGACUUGGGGAAACCGUGUUGGGAUCAUUGGGUUGAUGUAUGCUGGAAUCGAGAGCGGGAUCGAGGCGGCUAGGGAUACGGAUGACGCCUGGAACAGCGUUGCGGCGGGUCUUGGCACCGGAGCAUUAUACAGAGCGGCAAGAGGGGUGAGAUCGGCGGCAGUGGCCGGAGCUGUGGGUGGAGUUCUUGUUGGAGCUGCUGUCACGGCCAAACAAGCAUUGAAACGAUAUGUGCCGAUAUGA